CCUGAACCGCCGCUUCAACCCACCCACAUUACCACGACGAUCUGCGCCUGGCUCCGGGACAUCACCGAUCUCCACCAUGAGUACUACUCGCGAGCGACGGCUCGCGAAAGAGCUUGCCGACAUCCACAGCGAUAAAGACAAUUCUGGUGUCUUUGCACAGCCAGUCGACCCCGCCAACCUGACGCACCUCAAGGGAACCUUUCCGGGGCCGCCCGACACCCCGUACGCCGGAGGCACGUACCAGAUCGACAUCGUCAUCCCCGACACGUACCCGUUCAAGUCGCCCGUGAUGAAGUUCGACACCAAAAUUUGGCACCCGAAUGUCAGCAGUGUGACGGGUGCUAUAUGCCUCGACACGCUCGGCUCCGGGUGGUCACCGGUAGCCACGAUCAAGACGGCGCUGAUCUCGCUCCGCAUGCUCCUCGAGUCGCCCAAUCCGCGGGACCCGCAGGACGCCGAGGUGGCCAAGAUGAUGCUGGAGAACCCGGACGCGUUCGCGCGGAAGGCGCACGAGUGGGCCGUCAAGUACGCCAACGCGCCGCGGAACGACGCCCUCAGACACAACUACGAGCCGGCACCGGCACCAGCGCCGCGGAAUGACCCGUCAAGGUAUCAAGGUUACAACAAGGACCUCGUGGACCGAUUCGUCAACAUGGGCUUCGAUGUCGACGCCGUGGUCGAGGCCUUCAACUACGUCGGUAUUGACCGCAACGGGGGUGAGGACUACGAGCUCGAGGAGGCGUACAUGGGCGAUAUCACGGCGCGGCUUCUCGGCGAGCAGUAGUCGUACAAACCGGGCCUCCCGGUGCGAGACAGCUGUGCCGCGUGAUCUCGGCCAUCAAGAACGAACGGAGUCCUCUUCAGUGGAAACGUAUGGCACAGGAGUGGAAACAAGAGUGCGGGGCAAAGCUCAGAUGCCCGUGGGCAGCGCAGGGGAGUGGGCUUGAGAAAUCGCAUGAGACACAGAGACACACAGUAUCAUGUCCCGUAUAGCAUCAGGAACGGAGUUUACGGAUGGUGGUUGGGUGGCAGGGUCCAGGCGAACAUCCGGGUUUGUGCAUUUUCUAUUUCCCUUAGCCUUUCGAGUUUUUUUUUUCAGACCAGACCGGAAUGAAACAGUGCAAACAGUGCAAGCGUGGGUUCAUGGUCUGAGCAAACAGCAUUGGGAUAUCUCUGCUGUUCUUCAGCAUCUCUUGAGUUGUCUUUGGUGGACCUCAUUGGCACGGCUGCGGCAAAGAGAGGACAGCCAGGUUUCUGCUCCCAAAGGUUCAGAUAGAUUGGUCUCCGGGAGCCGACUGAGAUCGGGACAAACGAGAAGCAGUCCAUCAAGGCCAACGGUCGCAGAUGGCCCGCCACCCUGAGCAUGGCUGCAACCCGCUCCCCCUUCCCCCCC